AUGCUUUCCGUCCCUGAGAUAAUGGAUCAUCCCCGAUUUUCUACUGUUCGAAAGGGCCAGACCGAAGUCACGGGCAUCACUCUGCUUGCUCCAAACCACGAAAACGCAAGUGUUUCCAACGUCCACGGCCCAUUAGAGAUGUUCUUUAACUGUGUGGGAGCACUCUUUUACAUUAUGAAUAGGAACGACGUCCAAGCAUGCAUCGAAGCAAUCAAAGCCUCCGGAAACGAGAACAUGCCACUCGGACACAUGUUCAGCAACGGAAGUACAAUCGAACUUCGUACUUAUGCCGCAGAAAUUGCGGGUAUGGCCUCUAUCGGUGUUAUACAUUCACAGCUAGCCGACCCCACAAAGGCACCGCCUCCCGAGCUUGCCGAUUACUUCUACGCAGUCGCCAAACAUGGCCUGGACUCUGCGAUUCUUCACGAUCCGCUUCGAGCCAUGAAUGUUUGCGCGCUGCUUGGCAUGUAUAACAUCGUCGUCAAGGCGACAGUUGCUCUGGCUUACAUUGGUACGAGUCACACUUGGGUAUACCCACGAGAAAUACGCCACUAA